AACUUCUGGAUUCAGAUAUAUAUGCAUCAAGUGUUCCGCCAGUCAUCGAUUAUCCUCCUGAUACUAGUAUUACAUUACAUUCAGCAAAUAGUGGUGGCCUCUGGCCAUCAAGAAUAACUCAGAAACCACAAUUCGUUAAUGGUUUAAGAGCUCGUGUUGAAAAUAGCGUUGAAACAGCUCUUGAAGUUAAUAUUUUUCGUAUAUUGAACCAGUUCUUACUUCCAAAAUUUGAGUUUUCGAAACAAAAGGAUUCAGAUUUUAAUCAUGAUGAUCCAAACAUCAGCACUGGGCUACCAGAUUUCACUUGUCGAAAAUAUAAAGAUUCUGAUGAUUCUGAAGGAAGAAGGAUCAUUGAAAUCGAAGUCAAAAGAGAUAUUGUUGUAAAACAGUUAUAUGAGACCAAUUUAGAUGAAUUAUUCAGUUAUGAAGGUUCUAAUAAUCAAAGUUUCAAUUAUCAAAGUCAAAGUUUGGGCUAUGGUCAGCAAGGUUCUGGUGAUAGUUCAGGUUUAGGCAUCAGUGGUCAAAAUUACACAGCAGAAAUACAAGAACGGACUUAUGGUUAUAAAGAGAUUAAGCUUGAGGGUAUUUUAGGAAGUAGACAAACUGGAAGGACAUUUAAAGCUAUUAUUUGUAGAGAGCCAGUUGCUAUGAAGGCUAUAGAUCUAUUUAAGGAAGCUGAUCUUUUGUGCAAAGUUAAAAAAGAAAUUAACAUCUACCAAAUUCUUAUGGAAAUUCAAGGGAAGUAUAUUCCAAAAUUGGUAUGUUAUGGUUACUAUGGAUAUGGAAUGGGUUAUUUUAUGGGUAUAACUAUAGUUGGUACUAAUUUGUAUCACCAUAGGAUAGAUCAUAAUCAAAGGAAUAGGGCUCUCGAAGCAUUAAAGGCGAUUCAUAGUUAUGGCAUUCUUCACAAUGAUAUUCGACAAGAAAAUAUCUUAGUUAACGAAAAAGGUGAAAUUUAUAUAAUUGAUUUUGGAAUAUCAAUUAUAACUAAUGAUAGGAGGCAGUUCUAUGAUGAGGAAUCUGAAUUAUCAAAUUUAUUAGAUCGCUAUAUGUUUCAAAAUCAUGUGACGCAGUAA